AUGUCGCACGUUGCCCAACAAUCUCUGUCGGCGCCGAAUGCUGUGCUUCUCACAACCGCACGUGUAUGCGUGCUCGAUCGACACGGCUCCUGGCAUACAGCUCGUGCCCUCGUCGACCAGAACUCAGAGUCGUCCAUCGUGUCAGAAUGCCUAAUGCAACAACUCAAACUGCCGAGAACCUCCGCUUCCAUCUCAAUUUUCGGCAUCGACAGGAAAAAAACUGGCGUUUCCAAGGAUAAAGCUACACUAACCCUGCAAUCACUCGGCGGAAGCUCUUCCAUCUCCGUCGAGGCUUUGAUACUGCCCAAGCUCACUUAUCUUUGCGGAUGGAUACAACGGAGAAGGACGCCUAACCUCCUUCUCGGUGCUGACGUCUACGCCUCUAUCAUCUGCCAGGGGCUGAAAAAAGAAAGAUCUCGUGAGCCCAUCGCCCAGCUAACCACACUGGGUUGGAUACUUUCCGGGAAUGUUGGCGAGGCGGCUACGGAACAUAGCAUCAACACUCUUCACUGCCAGAUUGAAGACGAUUUAACCAGGCUGGUGCGGCGCUUCUGGGAACAGGAGGAGCUUCAAGGUCCUCCCCAACUCUUCUCCCAAGCGGACAAGGAGUGCGAAAACUUCCGACGACAUCACUCCCGCAUAGCCGACGGCUGUUAUAUAGUGCGCCUCCCGACGAUCGAACCUCUUCCGGACCUCUCAGUCACUCGACGCGCUGCCAGUAAAAUACUGCAACAUGUCAUCAACAAAUUCUCAAAGAAAGCCAACUUUCGCCAGAAAUACGUCAAGUUCAUGAGCCAAUACUUAGACUUGAAUCACAUAAAGCCGACUCCGCUCUCGUCUGCUGGUUCUUCUCGCUGUGCCUCCUACUUGCAUCACAACGUACGCGAGAGGCAGCACCACUACAAAGUUAAGAGUGGUCUUCAACGGCUCCUGCUCCUUGUCUAA